ACGAUGAUCUUGACAAAUUAAUCAGCCAAAUGUAUGCGAGGAAGAAUAGGAAAGUAGAAAGCGUAACUGGACAACACAUUAGAGAAAAUGUCGUUGACGGAGAACAUUCCAGCAGUUACACAGAAAAGUCUCAAAAUGAAUUAGAAUUAGAUUGUGAACAACAGGAAAUAAUUCCUUCUAUAACUCAAAUAGCAGAAGUGAGUAGUCUACCAAGUCAUGAUGAAAAUAAUGAUAUAGAUCUUAAAGAAACAAUUUAUGAGGAAACAAACAACGAAAGUUCUGACUAGGAAGAGAAAUCAAAAACUGAAACCACAAAUGCAACAGUAAAUCCGGCAAAUCAAAUACAACUAGAUAACAUUAUAUUUGAACAUCCUAAUACAUAUUCAAUUGACUGUGAAAUACACAAGAUAAAUGAAAAUGAACAUGACCAUGGCUCUACAAAUGAAGAGAACAUAGAAGAAAUGACUUCUGCCAUAAUUCAACCAUUUAUUUACCAAAAGGAAUCUAAAAUGCAGGAUAUGUUGGCCUCUUGCUGGUUAUUGGAUUUUGCCGGUCAAAAGGAGUUUUAUGCUACACAUCAAGUGUUUCUCUCAAGUGUUGCAGUUUUUGUACUAGUAACAGAUAGUUUAGAGUGUAUCACUGGUGAAACAACAUGGAAAGGUUUCAAAGAAUCAGCCUCGUAUGUAAGAUUCUGGAUUGAUGUCAUUCAUUGUUACUGGUCAAGUAGAGAAACAGAAGGCCGAUUAGACCCUCCAAUUAUAGUUGUAUGUACAAAUACAGAUAAAUAUAAGGAUAAAUCAGAACGACAAAAACAACAGAGACGUUUUAUAGAAUAUUUGUGUGAAGUGCUGUUUAAACAAGACAAGAAAGAUCAUUUGAGAAAAGUGUAUUUUGUUUCUAAUACGGAUGAUGCUGAUGAUGUUUUUGAAACGAUUAGAAAAGACAUAUCAAGUCAAGCUAUAGGAUAA